AUGGACGUGUGGUUAUGUUAUCGGCCAGAUUCCAUCAAAGUGUGUGCACCGACGUACUCGUAUCCUCCGCAGACAUUAAUUCAAGCGAUGGCACAGUAUGCUGAUCACGAGAAUUCGUCCCUCAAUAUGGAUUCCACUAAUGGAAGUUCUCUGGAGCGCACUAACAAUGACUCUUGCUUCUGCCAAGAACUUCUCGACGAUUGUCGCGAUCCGCUUUCUCGGCUGGCCGAGUCAACAUUCUACCCUGCGAUGCAGUAUGUGAUUGGUAGCUGGUAUAAACCAGAGGAGCUAGCAAAGAGAGCAUGCAUAUUCCAUACUGCAAGCGCCAUAGGCCCCAUGAUCAGCGGCUUUCUUCAAGCGGGCGCCUACAGCGGCCUCAAUGGCGUGAAUGGUCUCGCUGGCUGGAAAUGGUUGUUCAUCAUCGAUGGCAUCAUCACUCUCCCUAUCGCCUUCCUCGGGUUCCUCGUAAUGCCCGACCUCCCAUCCAAUACCCGUCCUUCGAUAUUUUACACACAAGAGCAGAUCGAACUUGGACAGCGCAGGAUGGCGGAGAUUGGACGGAAGCCACCUGCACCGUUCACUGGUAAGAAGGUCUGGGGCUUCUUCAACACGUGGCACUUGUAUCUAUUGACGCUGCUGUAUAUCCUGUUCAACAACGGCGGGGGAACUUCGAACUCGAUGAUAUUCUGGCUGCAGAGUUUCAACACUCCUGAGAAAACGGUGUACACUGUAGGCCAGAUAAAUACAUAUCCACUUGGUAUGAACGCUAUUCAAGUCGUUACCACUCUAACCUGGGCGUGGUGGUCGGAUGCGGUGAAGGCCCGAUGGCCACCCAUAGUUUUGGCGGGGACGUGGAGCAUGAUCACGAAUAUCAUUCUUGCAGCGACUCCAUUGUAUACGCACAUUACAAGACGCUGGGUCUUCUACUAUUUCACUUUGGUUGCUGGAGGGCUAUCCGGGAUCAUCCUUGCUUGGGCAAACGAGCUGACAGGAGCCGACAGCGAGAAACGUUCUUUCGUCGUGGCGUCGUGCAAUAUGUUUGCAUAUGUGAUGCAAGCAUGGUUACCGAUUGUUAUCUUUCCUCAGGUUGAACAGCCGCGUGUCUUCAAAGGCACAGUUGCUUCCGCGUGCCUCAACUUCUGCAUGAUUUGUACAGCCAUGGUCGUUUUUUUCCUCCAACGACAUGACGAACGCAAAGCCGCGUUGCUGAACCCGGAUGCAGAACUGAGCGGUGACGAUGCUGCAUCUACAUCAGAUGACGCCGAAGACACAGAUAACAAGGAUUUGAAAUCUGCGAGAGAAGAGCUGGUUUCUGUGGAGAGGUUGGAGUCGUGA